AUGGGCACUCCUAGAACCUGGAUCUUCAUUUCUAAACACUACGCUAUUGGUCAGAGCUUCUUGGAGAAAUGCCUGAAUCCAGCGUGUAGGCAGAAAAAGCACAAGAUUACCGUGGAGCACUUUAAUUUCCUUAUUCAUCCUGUUAUUCUCAUAAUAAAACAUGUCUGCCCACCUUUUCCGACGAUCUCUCUUUCGCAAGGUGAGCAGGUUCCUUCCGGAUCCUUCCCCCUGCGGGGUGCGCCGCCUGUUGUACCCCGCGCCUUCCGGAUCCCUCCCCCUGCGGGUGCGCCGCCUGUUGUACCCCGCGCCUUCCGGAUCCCUCCCCCUGCGGGUGCGCCGCCUGUUGUACCCCGCGCCUUCCGGAUCCCUCCCCCUGCGGGUGCGCCGCCUGUUGUACCCCGCGCCUUCCGGAUCCCUCCCCCUGCGGGGUGCGCCGCCUGUUGUACCCCGCGCCUUCCGGAUCCCUCCCCCUGCGGGUGCGCCGCCUGUUGUACCCGGCGCCUUCCGGAUCCCUGCCCCUGCGGGUGCGCCGCCUGUUGUACCCGCGCCUUCCGGAUCCCUCCCCCUGCGGGUGCGCCGCCUGUUGUACCCGGCGCCUUCCGGAUCCCUCCCCCUGCGGGUGCGCCGCCUGUUGUACCCGGCGCCUUCCGGAUCCCGCCCCCUGCGGGUGCGCCGCCUGUUGUACCCCGCGCCUUCCGGAUCCCUCCCCCUGCGGGUGCGCCGCCUGUUGUACCCCGCGCCUUCCGGAUCCCUCCCCCUGCUGGUGCGCCGCCUGUUGUACCCGGCGCCUUCCGCAUCCCUCCCCCUGCGGGUGCGCCGCCUGUUGUACCCGGCGCCUUCCGCAUCCCUCCCCUGCGGGUGCCGCCGCCUGUUGUACCCGCGCCUUCCGGAUCCCUCCCCCUGCUGGUGCGCCGCCUGUUGUACCCGGCGCCUUCCGCAUCCCUCCCCCUGCGGGUGCGCCGCCUGUUGUACCCGCGCCUUCCUAUCCCUCCCCCUGCGGGUGCGCCGCCUGUUGUACCCGGCGCCUUCCGGAUCCCUCCCCCUGCGGGUGCGCCGCCUGUUGUACCCGGCGCCUUCCGGAUCCCUCCCCCUGCGGGUGCGCCGCCUGUUGUACCCGGCGCCUUCCGGAUCCCUCCCCCUGCGGGUGCGCCGCCUGUUGUACCCCGCGCCUUCCGGAUCCCUCCCCCUGCGGGUGCGCCGCCUGUUGUACCCCGCGCCUUCCGGAUCCCUCCCCCUGCGGGUGCGCCGCCUGUUGUACCCGGCGCCUUCCGGAUCCCUCCCCCUGCGGGUGCGCCGCCUGUUGUACCCCGCGCCUUCCGGAUCCCUCCCCCUGCGGGUGCGCCGCCUGUUGUACCCCGCGCCUUCCGGAUCCCUCCCCUGCGGGUGCGCCGCCUGUUGUACCCCGCGCCUUCCGCAUCCCUCCCCCUGCGGGUGCGCCGCCUGUUGUACCCCGCGCCUUCCGGAUCCCUCCCCCUGCGGGUGCGCCGCCUGUUGUACCCCGCGCCUUCCGGAUCCCUCCCCUGCGGGUGCGCCGCCUGUUGUACCCGGCCCUUCCGAUCCCUCCCCCCUGCGGGUGCGCCGCCUGUUUACCCCGCGCCUUCCGCAUCCCUCCCCCUGCGGGUGCGCCGCCUGUUGUACCCGCGCCUUCCGCAUCCCGUCCCCCUGCGGGUGCGCCGCCUGUUGUACCCGGCGCCUUCCGGAUUCCCUCCCCCUGCGGGUGCGCCGCCUGUUUGUACCCGGCGCCUUCCGGAUCCCUCCCCCUGCGGGUGCGCCGCCUGUUGUACCCCGCCGCCUUCCGCAUCCCUCCCCCUGCGGGUGCGCCGCCUGUUGUACCCAGCCGCCUUCCGGAUCCCUCCCCCUGCGGGUGCGCCGCCUGUUGUACCCCGCGCCUUCCGCAUCCCUCCCCUGCGGGUGCGCCGCCUGUUUGUACCCGGCGCCUUCCGGAUCCCUCCCCCUGCGGGUGCGCCGCCUGUUGUACCCCGCGCCUUCCGCAUCCCUCCCCCUGCGGGUGCGCCGCCUGUUGUACCCGGCGCCUUCCGCAUCCCUCCCCCUGCGGGUGCGCCGCCUGUUGUACCCGGCGCCUUCCGGAUCCCUCCCCCUGCGGGUGCGCCGCCUGUUGUACCCCGCGCCUUCCGGAUCCCUCCCCCUGCGGGUGCGCCGCCUGUUGUACCCGGCGCCUUCCAGAUCCCUCCCCCUACGGGUGUGCCGCCUGUUGUACCCCGCGCCUUCCGGAUCCCUCCCCCUACGGGUGUGCCGCCUGUUGUACCCCGCGCCUUCCAGAUCCCUCCCCCUGCAGGGUGCGCCGCCUGUUGUACCCCGCGCCUUCCGGAUCCCUCCCCCUGCGGGGUGCGCCGCCUGUUGUACCCUGCGCCUUCCGCAUCCCUCCCCCUGCAGGGUGCGCCGCCUGUUGUACCCGGCGCCUUCCGGAUCCCUCCCCCUGCGGGUGCGCCGCCUGUUGUACCCGGCGCCUUCCGCAUCCCUCCCCCUGCGGGUGCGCCGCCUGUUGUACCCGGCGCCUUCCGCAUCCCUCCCCCUGCGGGUGCGCCGCCUGUUGUACCCGGCGCCUUUGAUAACCGUCUGUUUACCAGGUGGGCCCCGCGCUGUGCGGCCCCUGGGAGGGAGCAUCGCUCCGCGUUUCCUCCGCAGCCCGGCGCGGCUCUGCUGCAGGACCGCUUCCUGAAGUCACUGACCGACCAGAGGAAUGGAUGA